AUGGCACACCCCCAGUUUGGAAAGCGCUUGAUCCCCCAAAUCAUCGACGAGACCGCCAGGUCGGAACCAAACCGGGAACUCCUGUCCGUCCCGCGCUCCUCCGACCCCAGAGAUGGCUGGGAGCCCAUCACCUUCAGGCAGAUCGCCAACGCGGUGAACCGCGUAGCUCGGAUCGUCAUCGAGAAGUGCGGCACGCCCGAGCCCGGGAGCUUCCCCACGCUCACCUACAUCGGACCCGGCGAUGUGCGGUACCUCAUCGUCACCGUCGCCUGCAUCAAGGCGGGCUACAAGGCCCUCCUGACCUCGCCGCGGAACUCCUUCGAGGGCCACAUGAACCUCUUUGAGAAGACGGACUGCCACGUCAUCUUCUUCGACCCGUCCUUCGAGGACGUCGUCCAGCCCCUUCUGGAGGAGCGCCCGAUGCACGCCGUGGAGGUCACCUCCGCCGACGGCUGGCUGUCCGACGACGAGGUCCCCCACUUCCCCUACGACAAGACCUUCGACGAGGCCAAGUACGACCCCGUCGUCGUCCUGCACUCGAGCGGCAGCACCGGCCUGCCGAAGCCUCUCGUCGCCCGCGUCGGCAUGAUGGCCAUCGCCGACGCCUUCCGGGACGUCGGAGCCUUCCGCGGCUCCGAGAACGCCCUCAGGUCCGUCAUGUCCGGCAGCCGCAUCUUCCUGCCGAUGCCCCUCUUCCACGCCGCCGGCUGCUACAUGCUGCUGAACGCCACCGUCUUCUGGGGGCACCCCGUCGCCCUGGGCUUCCCGGACCGGCCCCUGACGCCCCAGGUCGUCAUCGACGCCGUCGAGCACGCCCGGGUCGACAACACCAUCCUUCCCCCCUCGAUCCUGGAGAACAUGAGCGACAUGCCCGAGGGCGUCGCGGCGCUUCGGAAGCUCAAGCGCGUCCACUUUGGCGGCGGUAACCUUUCUCGCGACGCCGGGAACAAGCUGGUCAAAGAGGGCGUUUUUCUUGUGAACAUCAUCGGCUCUACAGAGGCUUUUAUUCUGCCAUACUUCGUCCAGAAGAACCCGGAGCUAUGGCAAUGGUUCAUCAUCGACUCGGAGAGGACGGGCGUCGACUGGCGCCGUGUGAGCGGCGAGGACGACGACGUCUACGAGCAGGUCCUCGUCCGCAAGGAAGGGAACGCCCUCCAGGGGAUCUUCUGGACGUUCCCCGACAUCGACGAGUACAACACGAAGGACAUGUACCGCAAGCACCCGACGCUGCCCGACCACUGGAUGUUCCACGGCCGCUCCGACAGCAUCAUCGUCUUCUCCAACGGCGAGAAGCUGAACCCCGUCACCAUCGAGGAGAUCGUCACGGGCCACCCCCGGGUCAAGGGCGCCGUCGUCGCCGGCGCCAUGCGCUUCCAGCCCCUGCUCGUCCUCGAGCCGACCGAGCCGCUCGAGUCCGCGGAGGACGAGGAGAAGUUCGUCGACGACGUCUGGCCCCUGGUCGUCAAGGCGAACAAGGAGACAGUCGCCCACGGCCGGAUCGGCCGCGCCUUCGUCGCCGUCGCCAAGCCCGAGAAGCCCUUCCCCCGCGCCGGCAAGGGCACCAUCCAGCGGCCCCUGGCCCUGAAGCUGUACAAGGACGAGAUCGACGAGUGGUACGCCAGCGCCGAGGAGGGAGGCGACCCCACCUCGGCGGACGUCGACGUCGGCUCCCAGGAGGCCCUGAUCGACUCCAUCCAGCAGCUGUUCCAGAACACCCUCGGCAGCCGGCCCCUGUCGGCCGACUCGGACUUCUUCAGCGUCGGCAUCGACUCCAUGCAGGUCAUCAACGCCUCCCGCCUCCUCCGCAAGGGCCUCGAGGCCGCCGGCGCCGCCGUCCCCGCCGACGCCAUCGCCGCCCGCGCCAUCUACGCCCACCCCACGCCUCGCCGGCUGGCCGCGUACCUGAUGCACCGCGUGGGCAGCAACGACGCCCCGACGCAGCAGAACGGCCACAGCGCCCACCACCACGACAUCCACGUCAUGGAGGCGCAGCUGGCCAGGUACACCGGCGACCUCCCCCCCGAGAACCCCGCCGGCAAGCCCGCGCCUGCCGACCGCGGCCAGACCGUCCUCGUCACGGGCACGACGGGCGGGCUGGGCUCCUACCUCCUCGACUUCAUGGAGUCCAACCCGGCCGUCGCGAAGAUCGUCUGCCUCAACCGCGGCGAGGACGUCGCCAAGCGCCAGGCCAGGAUGAGCGCCGAGCGCGGCCUCGCGACCUCGUGGGCCAAGGCCGAGUUCCUCUCCGCCGACCUGUCCAAGAGCGACCUCGGCCUCGGGCCCGCCGUGUACGAGCGGCUCCUCCGGGAGGCGGACCGCGUCAUCCACAACGCCUGGCCCGUCAACUUCAACAUCUCGGCCGAGACGUUCGAGCCGCACGUCCGCGGCGUCCGCCACUGGGUCGACUUCUCCCUGCGGGCGGCCAAGAACGUGCCCGUCGUCUUCGUCAGCAGCAUCGGCACCGUCGACGGCUGGCGCGGCCCCGGCCCCGUGCCCGAGAAGCCGCUCACCGACCUGUCCCUCCCCGGCACCGGCUACGGCCGCUCCAAGCUGGUCGGCUCCCUGAUCCUCGACGAGGCGACGCGGCGCUCCGGCGUGCCCACCGCCGUCGUCCGCGUCGGCCAGGUCGCCGGCCCGGCCUCGCGGGACGGCGUCUGGAACCGCCAGGAGUGGCUGCCGACCAUCAUCGCCAGCUCCAAGCACCUCGGCGUCCUGCCCGGGGACCUCGGCGCCAUGUCGACCGUCGACUGGACCCCCAUCGAGGGCAUCACCAAUCUCCUCCUCGAGGUCUCGGGCGUCGCCGCUCCCGUGCCCCUCGGGGCCAUCAACGGCUACUUCCACGGCGUCAACCCCCACACCGUCACAUGGAAGGAGCUCGUGGAGGCCGUCAGGUCCUACUACGGCGACAGCAUCAGGGAGGUCGUGUCGUUCGCCGAGUGGGUGCGGGUCUUGGAGAAGAGCGCCGGCUCCACCGACGACGUGGACAAGAACCCGGGCGUCAAGCUGCUCGACUUCUUCAAGGACCUGGCCUCGAGCGGGAGCCAGAGCCUCGGGUACUCGAUGGAGCGGACGGUCAAGAGCAGCAGAACCAUGAGAGAGAUGCAGGCCGUGACGCCCGAGCUGAUGCAGAACUGGUGCAGGCAGUGGGCGUUCUAG